CAUCAAAUGUACUGCUAGCUGCUGUCAUCUGAAGAGUUUGUGUACAUUAGGGAUCAGUGCAGUCCAGACGCAUUCAAGUCAGGGACACGAGCUCUUCCUCUCAUUGUCCAAUGUUUUUUUCACAAUAAUAACAAAAGCAUUGUGCAUUGUCAGUAAAAAACUAAAUAAACGACCAGUGGCUUUUUGAGGGAAGUUCAAUAAUUAUUUCACCGAGCAUCUGUUGUUUUGACAGGAGGGACUGCAAUUGAUUUUUAAAUUUGCCAUCACUGCACUUGGAUGUGAGUGUUGUUGCAUUGGGACGUCAUUAAACUUUGGAUUCUUACCAGGACAGACUAACUUUGUGUGAUUUGCACAGCUGAGCAUCUACAGGACUGUGCAUUGUGUGGUGUCGGGUUUCACGUACACACUGUUUACAUCGCGAACGCCACAGCCCACACUUGUGUAGCUCUCGAGAAUCACUUCAUAGCGGGGACUCUCUUAUUAUGCAAGAAUUGAGGUCUGUGGAUAAGAAUCGUGUCUGACUUUCUUCCUUUUUAUCAGAUCAUCCAGUCUGCGCUAUUUGAGAGUGUAGAAUAUCCUUGGACAACCUGGCACAGAUUUUCAAGCUGCAAAAUCUUGCCAUUCCUGUUCUAAGACCUUUAGAAAAAGUAGGUUAUUUAGAGCUUUCUAUCUGUAUCAGACGGACUGCUAAAAUUACUGGAGCAUGUGAGCAGACCUUGUCAUUUGAUAAUCCAACUGUUGAUUUCUGCCAAUUUUGAAAACAUCUUGUGUUCCCUUUCGAAAGCUUCAAGGAUUUUGUGUACAAGGACAAGAGUUCCUUUCUAUUUAAAACUGGACUCUUUCUGCGACACUACAUGAUCAGUUGGAUAAUCUUUUUCGGCGUCAAUGUUGAAAGAAGUUUUGCCCGUUGUACAGUGAUUUCAUAAUGUGUACUGUGGAGCGUCCAGCAAGUGGAGAGUGGUCGACCCAUCGUCGACCAGUUUCAUCAGCCUACAGCAAAAUUGUCAUGCCACGGAUAUCGUCCACUAAAAUCUUGCCGCCCUCUAGCUCUUCAAAAUCAAUGAGGGACAAAGAUAGCAGUAAAAUCACAUCGGUCACAGCAACAAAAGGGCCUCCGCCUGAUAGGGCGGAAGAAAUCUCCUACACAGACACAAGAGUUAUAGGCAAUGGCUCGUUUGGUGUGGUAUAUCAGGCCAGGAUGGUCGAUUCCAGUGAUCUGGUGGCAAUAAAGAAAGUAUUACAAGACAAGAGAUUCAAGAAUCGAGAACUUCAGAUCAUGAGGAGACUAGAUCAUCACAAUAUAGUAAAGCUCAAGUACUUCUUUUAUUCUAGUGGCGAAAAGAAAGAUGAAGUGUUUCUAAACUUGGUCCUAGAAUAUGUACCAGAAACUGUGUACAGAGUAGCCAGGCAUUACAGCAAGGCAAAACAAACCAUAGCUAAUCUCUAUGUCAAGUUGUACAUGUACCAAUUAUUCCGGAGUUUAGCCUACAUCCAUUCAAUGGGCAUUUGUCAUAGGGACAUCAAACCACAGAAUCUCCUCCUCAACCCAGAGACAGCGGUCCUCAAGCUCUGUGACUUUGGAAGUGCAAAGGUGCUUGUGAGAGGAGAGCCCAACGUAUCUUAUAUCUGUUCACGGUACUACCGAGCACCGGAGCUUAUAUUUGGUGCUACAGACUACACAUGCGAUAUAGAUGUCUGGUCAGCAGGAUGCGUGCUGGCUGAGCUGUUACUAGGCCAGCCCAUCUUCCCCGGGGACAGCGGGGUAGACCAGCUGGUGGAGAUCAUCAAGGUCCUAGGAACCCCAAGCCGUGAUCAGAUCAAGGAGAUGAACCCCAACUACACAGAAUUCAAGUUCCCUCAGAUCAAGCCCCAUCCCUGGAAUAAGGUAUUCCGAGCGCGGACUCCCGCCGAUGCCAUCCAGCUGUGCAGCAGACUGCUGGAGUACACCCCUAAGUCCCGUAUCAAACCCCUGGAAGCGUGCGCCCAUCAGUUCUUCAGCGAGCUACGGGAACCCGGCACCAAGCUACCCAACGGCAGGGAACUCCCUCCUCUAUUCAACUUCUCCGCGAGUGAACUUGUGAGUAAGCCGUCGUUACGCACAGUCCUGAUCCCGCCUCAUGCCAGCCACAGCCAGAAUUCAUCCAGCACCACAGUCCCACACGAUGCGCCCGAGACAUCCACCAGCGCCACGGCAUCAUCAGCGACCUGAGGCACCAGCAGCAAGUGACCCCACGGCAAGCCAUAGCCGCGUUGCCAAAGGUCACCGAGAACUAUCACACUAAUUAUUAUUGGAGGAGACGAGCGAGGAGUAUUUAGUAAACAGCAUGCAGAAAAAAAAAUGAGUAUUUAUUCAUCACCAACUUGUAGUGGUACGAUUACGUCGUAGAAGAUCUUCUUGUAAGCGCGAGAACCUCGGGACAAGACAUUCGCUGGUUGGAAUACAGGAUGGCCCUGACAAGAUCGAGGGCGCAGAGUGGUUUCCUGUACAGGCAUCUCCACACUCGCUGGUUAACAUCCAGAGAAGGCACAGAUCGUACAUCCGCAUCCAGAACUGAAUGAGAGGGCAAGCGACUGAUCUUCAAAUGGUUUCCAGAUGCAACAGCUCACAUUUAUCAGUAGACCGGGGCUCUUUUGAAGCUUCGGAAUCUAGUCACGCGACUUUGGAGAGCCGUCACCAGAAUGUUCAACCAGCUGCAAUGUUGGCUAUAUACAGAGUUACAUUUCAACCAGCCAGUUCUUGGUCCAAUGAGUUCCAAGUCCUGGUCCUGGUCCAAACACAGAGAUCGAGAUUGAAUUCCGUAUUGGCUGGUAGCCUAGACAUGCAGAAUUUAGAACCAACUUUUCUCAACGCAGGAAUUGUAGUUACUGUGAUGUCUUUGCAUGUCAUCUAGGAAUCUUAUUAUGAUGAUGAUGAUAGGUUAUCAGAAUAUUAAGAAAAAAUCAAAAAUAUUAACAACAUCACCUCUAUGAUGGUGAGUUUGUUUGUACAGAAGUUUUAAAAAACUGCCAGAUGUAUCGCGAUGUCUACAAUUCUCUGUGGUUUGACAACAAUGGGAUGAACCUGCUGCAGAAGAAAUAACUUGCGUCCCGAUAGGGCGCUACUCCUUGAGAUCCCGCCAUGUUUGUCCUUCUCUCCUCUGGUGUCAUUCAAGAUGUGUUAACCUGAGCUAGACAUUAUUGAGGAGUCGCCAAGGUCGGAGCCAGAAGGGCAUUCACCCCUGUACAAAGUCUAUUACCCAGUGCCCUUCUCGCUCUGCAGCCCUUAGAUGUGCCCUUCUAGCCCGGGUCGGAUACCCAGAGGGGGAGCUUUUCGCUAGCUACAAUUUGUAUUUUCUCUCUCUCCCAAUUCAAAUACCUCGGAAUUAAAAACAAACAUGGCGGGGUUCUCGCGCGUGAAUAUCUCCCCGAGUUCCACGACUGUUUUUCGGUCGACGGACACAGUCUUUUGAGGGAGAAUUGUAAUGAUUAGAACCUGUUAGUACUUGUGCUUAGUCCAGUGUCCCCCUAUUAGUAUAAAGACUCAUUUUAGUGUGGCCUAAAUGAAUAUUGUGUACAGAUAACUAGUGGUAUGUCUUUGGCUACGGAUGUUCUCUCUUUCUUCACAUCAUUAGUGACACCAAGUGCCCACUCUUUCCUGAUUGCGUCGUUCAGUGUCAGUCGAGGUUUCUUUUACCGGUAACUUAGUAGAUUGCAUCCUUACGAAGUGAAUUGCAUGCAAGGAAUAUAGGUAUUUGUUGGACUUAAUCUGAUAAUUGCUCAGGAGGGCAUUACUUAAAAUGCUCGUAGGGAGAAACAAUUAUUACUGCCACGUUUUUGUUCAUUAUUACUUGUUGUGGUGUCUCGCGCAAGGCUCCGUUCACAGGUUGCACUCUCCGCUGCAUCAUACUCGCUAAGCACCACUGAAUGUUUAUAUGACAUGCCACUUCAAUAUGCAUAUGCUCAGGUACAGUGUUGUGAAUUUAAAUCUGCAGUGGUGCUCGAUGUGGAUGAUGCAGUAGAUCUCGCAAUAUGUGAGCGGAUUUUAGCUCAACCAAGCCGCGACUGUAAUGUGGCUUCACCUUGUAAAAAAUGACCUACACCGAAAACCUGCAACUAUAUUUAGCAAGUGGUUUCAUGGCGCUCUGAUUUCCAGCAAGAAUUAUAAUUAUUAUAUUUGAUUUUAUAUUGAUUUUGAGAGCUGGUGAUGUGUGAAACCGAGAGAGAGAGAGAGAGAGAGAGAGAGCCAGGGACAUACCCAAACGUCAAUUAAACAAUGUAAACAAAGACAGCUUAUCAGAUGGUUUGCUUAAUAUAGGCACAGAGAUGGUUAAUGUGAUAUAUAUGAUGUACAUGUACAGUUUUAUAACGUCCCGUCUUCGCGGAGCAUGGUGGGGACGGGACCCUUGUGUAUAGACUUUAACAAAUAAAUUAAUUCAUUUUGAUUCUCGCAAAAAGACGAGACGUCUCACACGAUUCAUGUCACAUGCACCGAUGAAUACGUUAGAGAAUGAUAACAGAACUAGCUAGCUAAUGAAUUAGUACCGAUAGUCAAUUUCUUUUGUUUUUUUCCUUUUUGUUGUGUGUUUUUUUUAUACCAGAAUACGUUGUCCUAUAAUUUAUGUUAAUCGUCGUUAGAUUGCUGAGCGUCGAGCGCGGACGGACGUUUCCGUUCUGCUCGACGCGUAGUUCAGAUGAGAUAACUUAUUUAGCAUUUACUUAUGUAUCUUACGUUUGUUUCGAUGUUUAUUGGUAUCGUUUUAAAUCUGUUUUCCGGAGGAGCCCUGUAGCAUUACUUCUCUUUUUUUUUAUUUGGACAUGCUCCUUGCGUAAACGAUUGCAAUAUGUAAAUGUCCCGAUGAAGGAGACGGAGUAAGGCGUGUAAUUAUUAUAUGCGAUGAUUUCGAGAAAUACUUGCAUAGAAAUGGAAUUUUAAAUCUGUGAAUGCUUUUACUGUGAUAUACUUGUUAUUUUAUUCAAAAUUACUGUAGAAUUCAAUCAGUUUUUUAAGGAUUCAUUAUACGCAGAAGGAUUAAGUAGUAGACAUUUGUAGCCUUUGUGACAAUUUAAUAUUAUAUACGGAAAGCCCAACCAUGUUCCUUUAUAAUCAAGGGGGUCUUUUCUUUCUUUCUACUUUUAGGAGACCUGUUAACCCUGGGUUUUUUUUCUCACUCACAAUAUUGCAUGGCUUUCAACAACAAAAAUCUAGUAGACCCGAUAGAUAGAUCAGUUACUACAUCACAAAAUAAUGGUAUGCAUGUAGAAUUGAUGGUAAGGAAGUUAAAUAGUCCUUGUGAUGAAAAAUUCUACCCCUCCAAAAGAAAUUACCUGUUGCUCAUUAAAAAAAGAUAGAAACCAAAAUAAUUUCAGUAUCAUACUUAAGAAAUACAAGCUUUACAUUUGAGCAGGGCUGAUAUAUCUUCUGCUGUGAUCCAGAGUGGUGUUAACUUUAAUGACUUUGGUCGCCCCCCCAAAACGCCGGCCAAAAAAAAAGAGAGAGAAAGAGAAGAAAAAAAGUAAGAGGACGUAGGAAGACUUAAUAAAAGAUUAAUGACUUUCUGGCUCUCGAGUCUCGAUAGACUAUAUUUCAGCUUAAGUUUCAGCAUAAUGUACCAUAAUAAUUCAUACCACCAUGCAGCACUCGGUCAAAAUGGAGAGAGGGUGGAAGUGGAAACGGUGGUUCACAGUCCCUCUCUUGUUUGUUUUUAGAUCUUUGUAAGUUGUUCAUUCUUUGAUAGAGAUAUGGUUUGUGAAGUACUAGAUGAGGAGGGGGGAGGUUAAGGGUUAACAAAAAAACAUUACAUUUAGGCAUAUAUGCAUAAUCUAUCAUAAACCACCCGCAUGGCAUUUAAGUGAGAGAAAAAAUAGGUUACCGAGCAAAUCCUCUUUACUCUUUAUAAGCAUAAUUGGGGGGGGGGGGAACUGCUCAAUUAAUCUUCAUGAUGGAUAAUAAGACCAAUAUUUGUUUAAGGACCAAAUGUUUUGCAAAGCAUGAUGGGACACAACUUUAUUUGAAACAAAGCGCAUGAUUUCACAUCCUACCUGAUGGUAGCAACCCUUUCCCCUGCCGAUCCAUAACGAUACCCCUCCCUCCCUCCCUUUAUGCAGGAGAAUAAUAAAUAAAGGGUUCCGUGUGUGUUUGUAUUUAACAAUCCUCUCAAUCAAUUUAAUCAGAUAUCUACUAUACUGUAAUUCUCACAAGAUUUUUCUCAAUUAUGAUAUUAUUGUGUGCUCUUUGUGGUGAAUUUGCCAAAUUUGGAAAUCGGAAUUGCCGCAAAGAAGUAGGUGUUCAUUAGCGGUGUUCACAAGGAGGCGGAAAAGCAUGCACUUUACAUUUAUAAGUAGUGGUUUACGCUUCCCAGUUUAGGCAUUCAGUCAACUAGAAAGCCUAUUGUGUAACAUCAUAAGCUCCCCCUUAUUAGGUCAUAGGUGAUAGGUCAGCAACGGUCAAGCGCUGUUGCCAUUUUGAAAGAAUAUAUUGAUAUAUCUCUAUUUGUACGCAUGUGGAAGGAAAUGACAAUUUUGUUUUUUAUUUGACCGAAUUUGUGAAAACUAACAAAAAAUUGACAAGAAUUCUGCCAGGUUUUAUUCCCCCUCACCGCUAUUCCCUUGUAAAUAAAUGAACCAAGUUUUUCCCACUCGUAUUUUUUUUCCUGUUAUAUUAUGAAAUUUGUAUAAAGUUAUGUAAAACUGGCAGAAUUCUUGUACAGAAUGCAUUAUUUGAACAAAGCAAAACACCGUUGAAAUCCAUCCGGUUUUCGUUUUUCAGCGGCGGAUGGUAGAGUGUUUAUGAGAAGCACUCGGCAAAACAAAACGAAAGCUUGCCUGUAGAGGGCAGGCUUCUAAGUAUUCACCCGCAGAUAUUUAUGAAGGCUGACUGGGCUUUUUAAUUCACGAAUACUUGAACGUAACGUAACGUAACGUAGUUCACCAGAACAUCUCCAACUCUUCUUUUCUCUGACUAUUCUUAUCACGCAUGUUAGAUAAAGAGAGAGAAAGAGAGAGUGUGUGAGAGCGAGAGAAAUUUAAAAAGUUCAAAUAUGCUGCUAUUGUUGUUUUUUCCCUCGUGGCAUUUUUUAUUUCUGUUUCCAUUAAUCACAUGGUAUUUUAAACGAGUACUCACUGUUUUUUAAAUUAGACGCUGUGCAUAUAUAGUGGAUGUUAUGUUUUAUUCUUUGAAGAAAAAAAAUCACAGCGUUUUGUAAACUGCAAUAUGAUUUUAAUGAUUUUGUUUAUAUCCAGUUAACGCAAACUACUGUGUAUCAAUCGUACCCACAUGGGAAACUUCAAUGAAACACACACAUUGACAUCUCUAACGUGUGUCGUAACAUUUGCUUGUUUGCAACAGGUGGAUUAUUUUCAUUUACAAAAACAAAUAUGUUCUGUUUUUAUUACGUCAAGUUUCGCUCAUACCCGCAAGAUUAACUUGGCUAUGAGUGCCGGUUGACUCUUCCCCCUCUGAUAACCUUUAUUUUUUUUAUUAAAUCCUUCUUUAUUAUUUUUUGUUUGUUAUCUUCAGAAGGGUUGUGUAGACUUAAUUUGAUUUCCGGGGACAGAAUUGUAAACCUAUCUACAUCAUGUAAAUAUUAUUGUAUGAUGAAUGUGAUACAUUUUGUUGUUUACAAACUGA